GUGACUUCUCUCGUCUGCUUCCCAGCUCAGCCCUUUAACGAGGAAUAACUCCACUCUCUUGGCUUUCCGUAUCCACGCAAUUUUAAUAGGGGCAGCUGAUGAGCUGGAACAAUCCGUUGCCUAAUAUUCUAAUACUUGCCCAUGGAAAUGGAGCAAAAAGUCGGUAAACUCUCUUACGGGUGCCAACGAAGUUCAACGUCGGAUGACGAUUCUGGCUGUGCAAUGGAAGAAUACACAUGGGUUCCACCAGGACUGCGUCCUGAACAGGUCCAAUUAUAUUUUUCCUGUCUGCCUGAGGAAAAAGUGCCAUAUGUUAACAGCGUGGGCGAAAAGUAUCGUAUCAAACAGCUCCUGUAUCAGCUCCCUCCGCACGACAAUGAGGUGCGAUAUUGCCAGUCAUUAAGUGAAGAAGAGAAGAAUGAAUUACAGAUGUUUAGUACCCAGCGCAAAAAGGAGGCGCUUGGAAGAGGAAAUAUAAAAUUUUUGUCAAGAGCCGCAGUACAUGCUAUGUGUGAACAGUGUGGAGAGAAGAUUAACGGAGGUGAAAUUGCAAUUUUUGUCUCUCGGGCUGGCCCAUCGAUCUGUUGGCACCCAUCAUGCUUUGCAUGCGCAACAUGCAAUGAGCUACUUGUUGACCUAAUAUACUUCUACCAAGAUGGGAAAAUACAUUGUGGGAGACACCAUGCAGAACUACUUAAGCCACGAUGUUCAGCCUGCGAUGAGAUUAUAUUUGCUGAUGAAUGCACGGAGGCUGAAGGUCGCCAUUGGCAUAUGAAGCAUUUUAGCUGCUAUGAGUGUGAGACCGUGCUAGGAGGACAAAGAUACAUCAUGAAAGAUGGUCGGCCUUUCUGCUGUGGAUGUUUUGAAUCCCAUUAUGCGGAGUAUUGUGAAUCCUGUGGAGAGCAUAUAGGUGUCGAUCAUGCACAGAUGACCUACGAUGGCCAGCAUUGGCAUGCUACGGAGAGCUGCUUUUCAUGUGCCCAAUGUAAAGUUUCUCUUCUGGGUUGUCCAUUUCUUCCCAAAAAGGGCCGCAUUUAUUGUUCCAAGACAUGCAGUUUAGGAGAAGAUGUGCAUGCCUCUGAUUCUUCAGACUCUGCGUUCCAAUCUGCAAGGUCAAGGGAAUCCAGAAGAAGUAUACGCAUGGGAAAGAGCAGCAGAUCUGCAGAUCAGUGCAGGCAGUCUCUCUUGCUGUCUCCAGCAUUAAAUUACAAGUUCCCUGGACUUUCUGGUAAUGCUGAUGACACACUGUCACGUAAGAUGGAUGGCCUCAGCUUAUCAAGGCAAGGAGCCAAUUAUGAUAGUAAUGACUUUUGGAAAGGAAGAGAGGAGCAGGAUACUCCAGAUGAUCAUGAAGAAUGGGCUGAACAUGAUGACUACAUGACACAAUUACUUCUAAAGUUUGGAGAAAAAGGACUCUUUCAGCAGCCGGCUGAUGACACAAGAUCUGGCGAGCACUGGGUGUCUGAGAAUAUUAAAAGCAGCAGUGAUUUAAAAAGAAAUGUCCGUAGUCAGAGUCUGGCAAGUAAAAAGUAUCAGGCAGAUAUGUACUGGACUCAGUCACAGGAUGGCCUAGGAGAUUCUGCGUAUGGAAGUCACCCUGGUCCUGCCAGCAGCAGAAAAAUGCAAGAACUAGAGAUUGAACAUACAGCCUCCGGUUACAAACAUGACAAGACCCAGUGGUAUAAAAGUUCACUGGAGUGUUUAUCAGAUGACCUGAAACCACAAGAUGGCAACAUUUGUGAUUCCAUGGAUUCAUUGGCCUUAUCUAAUAUAACAGGAGCAUCUGUAGAUGGAGAAAACAAUGCAAGACCACCACACUAUGCUUUUCAAAGCUUCCCAGGUAUGGAUACAAGGGAUUGCGAAAAAAUGAGCAACAUGGGGACACUUAAUUCAUCUAUGCUCAAUAGAAGUACAGAAUCCUUGAAAAGUUUAAGUUCUGAGAUGUGCCAGGAAAAGCCACUUCCAGAGGAAAAACCAAUGCCAGUAUCAAUGCUGAGAAGGUCAAAAUCCCAAACAAGACCUCAAGUAAAAUUUUCUGAUGAUGUCAUCGACAAUGGAGACUAUAGCAGCGUUGAGGUUCGGCAACCACCAAUGAGUGAAAGGAGUCGAAGAAGGGUCUACAAUUUUGAGGAACGUAGUCAAAGACCCCAUCAUCAUCGACGCAGGAAAAGCCGUAAAUCUCGUUCUGAAAACGCACUUCACCUCGCUGCUGACAACAAACCAUGUGGAAAAGAAAAAUCCAGAUUUUACACGUCUGAAGAUUAUGAGAGACUUUUUCAUAAUAAAACUCCUCAUGAGGUACAGGCAUACAUGCAAAACACUGAGCUUUUUGGACACUACACCAGUGCGACUUCUGAGUAUGGACUUGAAAGACAAUUUGGGCUUUAUGGUGAAGAUGAGGAUUCUUGGUGUUCCACAUGUUCAUCUUCCUCUUCUGAUUCCGAAGAGGAAGGGUAUUUUCUUGGACAGCCUAUUCCACGACCUCAGAGGUUUCAGUAUUACACAGACGGCUUGCCUAGUCCAACAACUGCACUACCAAGUUCUCAUUUUGGCCAAAGGACCACUAAAUCAAAAAAGAAAAAGGGUCACAAAGGCAAAAACUGCAUUAUUUCUUGAAUCUCUGGCAUUAUUUUGCAUUCCUGUGAAGACAAUAUAUUCACAUUUUGACUCCAAAAGCACCGUUUUCAUUAAUAGCUUUGCUAUUUGCUAAAGUACUUUUUCUAUUGCUUUGCCAAUCUACUAAACAGGUCGGCUGGUGUUUACAGUGUAAUUACCUUUUGAAUAUCUUUUCUUUUUUUUUUUUUUUGUAUUUAGCAGGCUUGGACAAUAAGAAAGCUCCAUAUUGGGUUUGAUGUUUUAUUGCAUUGCACACAAUUUAAUAUUUGCAGUUCAUCUGCGCGUCACACACAUUAUGCUUUGAUAUCCAACUAUCUUCCCAUUUAAGAUGUUAUCUCA